AUGGGCACUCUGCCCAAAUGUGAUGUGUGCCAGUACCAUCAUGCCGGCCAGUGCAGAGUUAGGAAAUGUGAAUCUUGUGGAAAGGUUGGCCAUUUGAAGGAGACAUGUUGGGCGGGUACUGGUCGUGGUAAUGGUGGUCAAAGAGGUUGUGGCGGCGGGAAUGGAAACAAUAACCGUGGUGGAAAUGGGUAUGGAAACCGCCCUCAAGGAGGAAUUGGCGGUAAUGGAAAUCGUGGUGGUUUUGGAAAUCAAACUGGUAGUGGAAACCAUGGAGCCAUUAACAAUCAAGGUGGUAACGGAAAUGGUAAUGGUCGGGGACCAGGUUGUUUUAACCGUGGAGAUGUGGGGCAUUUCAAGCGAGAAUGCCCAAAGCUCAAUCAAGCUCAAGGAAGGGUAUUCAACAUCGGAGCUAGGGAUGCUCGCCAGGAUCCGAACGUAGUUACUGGUGUUUCGAAGGAUCCAGAUGUUGUGGAAUUUUAUGAACUCAGACAGUGUGUUGGGGUUAAUCAUUUAAUUCACUUGGAGUCGGGUCGGGUGUUCGCAAGCAUUAUUCAUACCGGGCUUCAAAGUUUCAACAUCAAAAUUCGUACGGGAUUUGGGAACACGCGGGGUGAUGCAGCAUGA